AUGACUGCACUAGGAAAAGUUUUCGUCGGCGGCACUCACGGACUCGUAAAACAACAGUGGGCCCACGAAAACGUCCUCACACAGAUUGGGACCGGCGGAACUUAUAAAGAUGGUAGACAGGCUUUGCGUUCUACGUAUCUGGCCAGUAAUCCUGAACGCAAAGAACAUCAGACUGGGACGGAGAAAUCCGGAUCGUCGCCGGGCCGGGAUCUGUCGCUGUGUCAUCUUGAACUUUCUCUUUUGAAAACGACGUCCCAGCUGACGGGAAGCAAAUUUCCUCACGAUGCGUACUCUGUUAGAAGAGAAGGUGGUUACCGACGCCAAGUGAAUACUCUACAACUCAAGCAGCAGCAGCCACGACCAGAGAGCCAGUGUAAAGCUCCUACACAGCAAGUCUAUGCUGUUUCUUCCGCUCUAGGGAUUAUGUAUAUUAUACCUCGGAAAUUAUUCCACAACGUGCCACCCAGGAAUACCACUCGUCUCGUUCAGCACCUGUUGAUGAGGCGAUUCUUCAGAUCCCCCGUGGUCUGCAUGAACGUUCGUCCACCGCGUAAUGUCCCAGCUCUAAGCCAUACUACCGGGCUCGCUCUGAGCCGCGCUGUUUCAGUGUUGCUACUAUUUUGCUACGAAUUUCGAGCACCGGCUUCAGAGCGAGGCGACGAGCCUUCCCGGCUUUUCUCACCUCUAUAUCUCGUGCGCGAGGCGCCAUGCCUACAAAACUUGGGGUCGAAUACACUCACUAAAUUUGGGAACGCCCCAACACAUAUCAACGAUGCGAUUACUGACAUCAACAAGAACGGAUUCCAGCGCAUAGCGGGAGAAGCAGGCUCAUCAUGUUCCUCUGCACAGGAAAGCUUUAAUACUUCCCGUAUCGGACUUGCGCCGCCCGAUAUAUGCGGCAAUCACAGCGGUCGAUUGCCCCUUACCUCGGCCCUCGUCGAUCAGUCGUGUUCGACCUUGAUAUGCUUUGCUCGAGGUGAUCCGUAUCCCUCUUCGGGGAUCAUGUAGAG